AUCUACUUUAAACUACAAUGUUUUGUACAAACACUCCUCUACCUACCAUCAUGAUCCAGACCUAUACGCCACCAGAACCGACACCACCUUCUCACCACUACUACCCAACAGUUGGAAGUUCGUCACCACUUCCUUACUGUCGUCCACUUCCAUCUGUAUUGAUCGACUUGAUCGCAAUGACACUGUGCGAUCUACUCCCGAUCAAAACUACCCGAAGACGUAGCCCUCAAAACCCACGCCCACUUCCAGAACUAGUCUAUUUCAUCCACAAGAUCACAUAUCAGGCCGGAAUCAAUUACCGAACCGCCCUGGUGGCCCUGAUUUAUCUCGGUAGAGCAAAACAGAACCUGCCCCACAACGCUGUCGGAAACCAGGACACCUGUCACCGUCUAUUUUUGGGUGCCCUCUUACUCGCCUCAAAGUUCCUGCAGGACACCCCCUGGACACCCGACUAUUACUACUGCCACUCGACCACAGCCUCAGAUGCAACUACUGCGGUCAGUACUUUAAAAGUCUUGGCACAAUCACCAUCAUUAAUAUCAGCAACAAAAGUACAAAAUGUAACACCACCAUUAAGACCUUUACACAUUGUACCCUUGACCAACCGACGAUUGUGCGACAUGUGCAAUGGAAUCUUUCAUCUCAAAGACAUCUUUCAACUCGAAUUGUCUUUCUUGCAGUUGAUUCAUUAUGAAGGAUGGGUCAAUGAACGAGAAUUCAAUGCGUUUGUGAUCAAGCACCGCGUCGAUCUUUCCAUUUAAACCCAUCCAUCCAUUCGUUUCCUUCUUUUUUUUAUGAUGUACAUAUUUCUAUCCAUUUAUUUAUUUAUAUAAGCCAAUAAGUUGUAAAGAAAGCACUUGACGAAAAUGGGAACCAAGAAACAAGACAAGUGUUUCUCUUAUGUACAAAAUUUAAUCAAACCAUCUAUACAUACAUAUCUUUACAUACUUUUACAUAUCUUUACAUAUAUUUCCUUUUUUAGAAUAAAUAUCUAUUUCAUUUAUCUAUCUAUU